AUGGCCCGCACCAAGCAAACCGCUCGCAAGUCCACCGGUGGUAAGGCACCCCGUAAGCAGCUGGCCACCAAGGCCGCCAGAAAGACCGCUCCCACUGCCGCUGCCACCGGUGGUGUGAAGAAGCCCCAUCGCUUCCGGCCCGGAACGGUCGCCCUCCGUGAGAUCCGGAGGUACCAGAAGUCCACCGAGCUCCUUAUUAGGAAGCUCCCCUUCCAGCGUCUCGUCCGUGAGAUUGCUCAGGACUUCAAGACGGACCUUCGUUUCCAGUCCUCUGCUGUGAUGGCUCUUCAGGAGGCUGCUGAGGCCUACCUCGUCUCGCUCUUUGAGGACACCAACUUGGCUGCCAUCCAUGCCAAGCGUGUCACCAUCCAGCCUAAGGACCUGGCCCUGGCUCGUCGCCUCCGCGGCGAGAGGUCUUAA